ACAACAGUUUUAUUUUUAAAAAAUAAGUAAAAAAUACAGAAAGUGCUGCGAAGUUCGAAUAUUUGUAUCGUACAUAGCGUGCGCACAUGCGCAUACAUGAAAUGUAUUUGAGAUAAACCUGCCAACUAAACAUUUAGUGCCAGUACAUACAUACACAAUACUGAUCAGUUAUGUGACGUCUGGUAUAUAUAAUAAAUUACAAAAACACAAGUACAAUGAGGUUAAACAUUAUUACAACAAUGCUAAUAACAAUAAUAUUAUUAAUAAUAAUUAAUAAACCAAAAAAAAAUCUGCCUUUAUUUUGUCUAGAAGUAUUCAUUGUCAUGAUUAUGGAUUCCCCUGUGUAACUAUCAACUUUUGAGCAUAGACUUUCUAUGCUUUUAAGGCUUUUCGCAAGCAUUCUUCUCAUUCACGAUUUUUCACAGCUUUUUAUUGACGUAGAGUGACACCUGCUGGACUCUGUAAUUUCUGACAGCAAGUGAAGGCACCAUUAUUGGCCUUUUCCCUUUUUUUCACAACUUGAAGCUCAAGUGAAAGUAAAAUAAUGACGCGCGGAUGUGGUUCGUACCCGUGAAAAUCCGUGCUUCUCCCGCCACUCAACCAAAACAUUACGUUACGUUUUAGACAGUUUUUAAUUUAACCGUCCCUCAGUCACCGGAAAUGACAUCAGCACACACGCGCGCGCACACACACACACACACAUACACACACACUCCUUUUGUCUGACGACCUUAUCCGGAGGAAGUGAAGCUCAGACGAGGCAGCUGGCUCACCGGAGCGAAAAAAAAAAUCCCCUCAAAAAAAAAAAAAAAAAAAAAAAAAAAAAAAAGAGUAAGAGAAGAGAGGAGGGAAAACUUUACUGAUUUGCAGGAAUUUGGACAGAUUUGGUGCCGGUGUCCAAACUGUCCCAACCCACUGGAGCCUCGAGGAGGAACACCGAGUCGUCGGCACCGAAAUGAUGGAAGAUUCUCAUUUUAACUCAUCAUAUUUCUGGUCUCCUGUUCCCACUGUUCCAGGACAGAUCGAGAAUGCCAUGUUCCUAAACAAGGUGAAAGAGCAGCAGGAAAAGAGUGUUUCCUUUCCUCCUUCUUCUGCAUCCCACUACCAGACAGCUCUUCUCACCAUCCCCACUCCUGGGGCCAAGACAGAUGGAGGAGGACAGCCUGGCAGUGCGGCGCACCUCCACCCUCCUCACAGCACCCAGAACAUCACCGUGCUGCCUGUGCCCUCCACAGGCAUCAUGACGGCAGCCGGUCUGGUAAUCACAACUCCUCAGGGAACGCUAGUCUCCCCCACCUCCUCUCAGUCGUUUGUUUCUGGCCAUCCAGCAACAACCAUGAUUGUUUCAGCUCUCCAUUCGCAAGACAAAAAAGAAGGUGACGGACCCCAUGUGGUCGUGAUGCCAGCGCCCUCCAAACGAGGGAGAAAGAAAAAGAUAACACAAACUAGGGUCGGUCCUCUGGGCACACCAGAAACACUAAUACUGGCUCAUCUGACGGCUGGUGGCCAGGUAGCAUCUUUGCAGCAUCAUGCUGGAGACCCGUAUGACCUGUCAAACGAAGACGAAGCUCGGAGCCCAAAAGAUAAGACAUACAGGUGCCGGAUGUGUGCGGCGACCUUCUUCAGUAAGUCUGACAUGCAGAUCCACUCCAAGUCGCACACAGAGGCCAAACCUCACAAGUGUCCUCACUGCGCCAAGUCAUUCGCCAACUCCAGCUACCUGGCCCAGCACAUCCGCAUCCACAGCGGGGCCAAGCCUUACACCUGCUCCUACUGCCAGAAAUCUUUCAGGCAGCUCAGUCACUUACAGCAGCACACACGGAACCACACGGAGUCAAAGCCCCACAAGUGUCCCCAUUGUACCAAGUCAUUUGCCAACUCUAGCUACCUGGCCCAGCAUAUCCGCAUCCACACGGGAGUGAAACCCUACACCUGCUCCUACUGCCAAAAAUGCUUCAGACAGCUCAGUCACCUUCAGCAGCACAGCAGGAUUCACACUGGAGAUCGGCCAUACAAGUGCUCCCAUCCAGGCUGUGAGAAAUCCUUCACGCAGCUCUCAAAUUUACAGUCCCACCGGCGUCAACACAACAAAGACAAGCCCUACAAAUGCACCAACUGCAAUAAAGGAUACAUAGAUGCAGCGAGCCUGGAGGUGCACAUGGCCACACACACAGUCAAACAUGCCAGGAUCUACUCGUGUGGUCUCUGCAACCGCACUUAUACCUCAGAGACGUAUCUGGUGAAACACAUGGAGAAACACAACCCAGACCAGUUGGCUGCACCAGCAGUCAUGGCAGCACAGGCAGCACAACAGAACCAAAGCCAGGCCCAGAGUCAGGCUGGAGCUCAGAGGCGGGUAGAGAAUGCAGAUGGAGGAUCGAGCCGACCUGGGGGAGCCGGGAGUGGAGCAGCAGGCGGAAGCCAGCAAGGACAGAGCCAGAGCAACUACCCCCAGACAGAAUCCAUCCCCUGUCCAUUUGACCUGCAUCAGUAUAAGACAGUGUCUGCCAGUGAUAUCCAGUACAAACCAGUCAGUGUGGCUGACAUCACUUCUCACAAGGACCUCUGUCUCACUGUGUCAGCGUCCACCAUUCAAGUGGAGCACCUCAACUCCUAGAGGGGAUGAAAGGAGGGCGUGUGGGGGGUGGGGAAGUUAGAAUCUAUUCAAGAAAACGGGAAACGGAGGAUGGAGAGUCGAAGGAAAAAAAGCAAUACUAAGAUCAUACAGAAACUUCGGAACACAUGACUGUGCCUAAAUGAUGGUUUGAGGCAGACAGGACAAAUGAUGGUGACACAGCAUACUGAAGGCAAUAAGUUUGUUUUAUUUUUUUAAGUUUGACUCUUUGACUUUUUCUCUUUUUUUUUUUGCCUUGUUUGAUUUGUGCUCCUUUUGCUUAGCUGUCCUUUCUGAGUAGGAAGUGCAUGUAAAGACUGCAAUAAAGUAUGCUUCGGUCCAUCACAGUGAUGGUUUUAUGAAAGGAAGUGUCUAAGAGACCGUGCUUCUCUUUGCUAUCACCUCCUGCCCUUCCCUACAAACACAGCUGUGGCCAUGGCAAAUAUGGUCUCUCUAUUGAAUUGGUGGGUUACUGUGAAGGUAAAUUUUUAUACUUUCAUACAGAGACUUUCAGUUUUUACAUCAGUGUUAUUACCUCUGCUAUGUUGUAAAAUACAUGCCUGUGAUCUUUUGAACCUUAACAGAGAUAUCAAGGUUAUUUCCCUUUCAGGAAAGAAAAAAAAAAUCAAUUAAGUAUAUUAAAAUAUAUAUAUACUGCCGGUUUAGAAAGUAUGAUUAUAAGGAUGUGAUAAUCCGCAUAACAUAUUUAGACCUUUUUGCAGGCCUUCACAUGCCUGUGACCUAGGGGCCGUGAUGAGCCAGUUCAUGUUUCAUGUAAUCCUAUUGUACUGCUUUGAGUGUAUGUCCUUAAAGUAAUGUUAUUCAAAUGUGCUCUUGCUAUUAUACUUCCAAGGUAACAAUGUUUAUAAUACUUCUUUGAAGACAUCUGGAUUUUGUGGGUUUUUUUCUGCCUAUAAUACAAUAAACCCUCUGAAAUGUU